AUGUUAUUAACCACCCUGAGUCUGACUUUGAACGUGCACGACAGCUUUGAAUCGCAAGUCUCUGUCGAGUUUCCCCGAGCAGUGACACCCGCUGGCGACGACGUCGCCGUCGGUAGCGGCCUACGACGUGCGGUCGUCGAGACUGCCUUCGCCGGUGUCGCCGCUGUCGGUGCCGUCGCAACCGGUGCCGCCGGUGCCACCGCCGCCGGUUCCGAGGCCGCCGCAGCCGCCGCUGCCGUCGCUGGUGUUGCCACAGUUAGUACCGCUCGUAUUACAGAGCCAUUAGUCGCCGCUUUGCCAACGCACACACGAUUUGCCGUAGUGAAACCGGAGGCACCGCCCCCCGCUUCCGUUGUGAAAACGGAGUCGACGUCGGUUUCCGGGGCGGUACCGACGCCCUCACAACGUGUUUUGCCACAGGAACCACAGGUCUCGGCCAUCGCGGCGUCGGUAGCGAGGCCGCCGCUGCCGGCCAUACAGGCGGCCACAAGCGAUUUCGGUGAUAUCCGGACCUUGCCCCUGUCGUCUGCCGGUGGACGCACAGCCCAGGCCCAGCUGGACGCGGCCGCCGUUCCCGCCGCCGACGCGCUGCUCAAGCUGCUCGCGGACGAGUGGGAACCGAAAGGUUUCAACCGGGGCAUAGACAAGCUGCAGGACUUUGGCUUGCCCAACGGCACGCCGUACAGCAACAUCGUUACGAAGUUCAAGGCGUUGGCGAUGUCGGAGUUGGUCUCGCAUAGGGCUUUUGCGCCGAAUCUGCGCAUGGCCUACGCUGACGUUUCGCGCGAAUACGCCCACGUAGACCGCUUGGUUUCACACGCUUCUGUGGCUGGAUCACCGCUUGUGCUUGCCUCUCCUCGCAAUUCGGGCGGCACCCAGUUUGUCCUGCCGGUCGCCUGUGCCAUUCCCCUUGAUAAUAUUUCUUCGGGGAAGGAAUACUACAACGAUGAAGUUGUCCUCUUCUGGAAACCGCCGCCCUUUCUGUCCAACUGGACGCCCUGUGCGUUCGCGGUUCACGGUAUUCGCGAUGUGUGCGGCGAACAGUUCAUGAUUGCGGAAAAAGCCCGCAUUUUCGGCGAUGAUGUCGCUUGUGCCAAAAUCAUGGCUACCUCCGACCCGAGCGAACACAAGUCCCUUGGCCGCAAGGUGCGCGGUUUUGACCACGCAUUCUGGGAGCUGAAAAGCGAAGAUGUUGUCUUUUCCCUGUUGUGUGCAAAUUUCGCCCAAAAUGCUGACGCGCGCGAACGUUUGUUCGCUACCGCAGACAGGCAGAUUGCGGAGGCUAGUGCUUUGAUGGAUUGUGGGGCAUGUGAGACCGUUCGUUUGGAAGUGCCCCCGGGCACGAAACCGCUGGUCUCGCGUCCCUGUACACUCAACCCCAUGGUGGAGACAAAAGUCGAUGCCAUUCUCGAUCAAUACCUUGCUGCCGGUCAUAUUCCGCACUCGCAAUCGUCGUGGGCGAGUCCUUUGAUUGUUGUGCCUAAAACGGAUGGCAAUCUGCGGUUGACCGUGAACUACAAAAAGCGUAACAAAUUGUGCAGCCUUGGCCAACAACCGCAGCCGCGUGUUGACCACAUCAUCGAUUCCCUGCACAAGGGCAAUGUGUUUUCCAUGUUUGAUCUCAAUUCCGCUUUCCACCAGAUCACCGUAGAGGAGGACACGGGGAGUUCUGUCGCACCGUCGUGGUUCACCAUGGUCAUCAACGAAGUGGUUAAAGGUCUGGACCUCGUGCUUGCAUACGUAGAGGAUGUGAUUGUGUUUGACGCCGACCCAGUCCACUAUGUCGCCAAUAUACCGUUAUUUUUGGAGCGUUUGCGCGAGUGCAACCUCAAGCUUUCUCCUUUCAAGAGUCGCGUGGGCGCUAAGGAGACUGUCUGUUUAGGCCACUCCAUCUCUCCUGCGGGUGUUAGUCCUCGUGCCGAUAAGGUCGAAGUUCUCACAAAAAUGCCGCUGCCAACCAACGUCAAGCAGCUGCGUUCCUUGCUGGGUGGGCUUUCGAAUUACCGCAAAUUCAUCAAGGGUCUGGCUGUGCGCGUGAAACCACGCACCGACCUUGUGCGUAAGGACACGAAGUUUCGUUUUACGCCAGUCAUGGCGGAUACUGUCAAGGCACUCUUGGCGACAGUGUCCGAACUUCCUUUUUUGGCUUUCCAGGAUUGGGAAGCUGUCGCGGAUAGCAGCCGCCCUCUCCGGCUCUGCUGUGACGCAUGUGUAGUUGGGUUUGGCGUAGCCCUCGAACAAGUACAGGCCAAUGGUUCCGUUCGCCCCGUUCUCUUCGUGAACCGCGCUACCCUCGAAGCCGAGCGCAAUUGGACUGUGCUCGACUUGGAGGCUGGAAGUAUCGUGUGGGCAAUAAAAAUCUUGCGGGGUUACUUUUGUCGAAGGGCGGAUAUGUAUGCCACAAUCAAGGCGGACCUUACCGCUAAGGGAGCGGCUAGUAUUUUCGACAACCACUACAUGGCGUUGUGGGGUUGUCUGGUGACUCUUCUUUCGGACAACGGUAUGCAACUUCGUUCCAAGCUUUCCAUGACUAUUUACGAGCUAAAGACUAAGAACGUCACUAUCAGCUCGGAUCACCCCCAAACUAACGGUGGGGCCGAGCGUGUUGACCACACUAUGGCUCAAAUGCUAGCUGUUGUGGUCAACGAGCGUCAGGAUGAUUGGGACGUCCAUCUUCUCCAUGCCGAGUUCGCCCACAACAACUCGAUGAACACCACUACAGGCUUGACGCCGAACAAGUGCAUACUGGACGGUUACCCCGUCUCCCGCUUUCUGUUUUGGACCACCCUAGCGUGGGUGGCCACCAAUGUUUGGAUCGUGAUCAGUUCGCUUUGGGCAAUCUUGCAGUGGAACGCCAGAGACGAGCUUAAGGUCUACAACUCCGCUGCCACCAUUCGGCAGGGUGUGCAGAAACACACCGAUGAGUUGGUGCUCAAAGCAAAGCUUUCGCUCAGCUACACCGGCCCGUAUUAG